AUGUCGUCAAGCGGUAGGCUGGCAUCUUAUAUGACUUUAACUGCCGUCCUGACGGUGGGAGUAGUUGAAUCCGUCCAUUUCUACCUCAAGACCAAAAGAGCAAGUGCGGUUCCUACCAAGUCUAAAAACGUGCCCAAGAUCAAAUACUCAGAAGAGUUAAUACGCGAACAACUUGCGAGGAACUACGUUUUUUUAAGUGAGGAAGGCAUGGAGAAGGUCCGCCAGCAGUUUGUGGUUGUCGUUGGUGCCGGUGGUGUUGGUUCAAACUGUGUUACUGCGUUGGUGAGAUCUGGAGUGUCCAAGAUUAGGAUCAUUGAUUUUGACCAGGUCACCUUGUCGUCUCUGAACAGACAUGCAGUUGCAAGGGUUGGUGAUGUUGGUGUUUCUAAAGUUGAGUGUUUGAAGAGCCAUUUGCUUGAGAUUGCACCCUGGGUGGAGGUCGAGGCCAUUAACGAACUAUGGACCAUAGAACAGGCCGAGAGAUUGUUGGUGGAGGGAAACCCAACAUACAUAGUGGAUUGCAUUGAUAACAUAGACACGAAAGUCGAUUUGCUCGCUUUCUGUCAUGACAGAAAACUUCGGGUGAUUUCCUCAAUGGGUGCAGCAUGCAAAUCAGAUCCAUCCAGAAUCAACAUUGGUGAUAUUUCCACCACUGACGAGGAUUCGCUAGCAAGAUCAGUAAGAAGAAGGCUCAAGAAAAGAGGAAUUUUCACUGGAAUUCCAGUUGUCUUUUCUGCUGAGAAACCCGAUCCAAGAAAGGCAUCUUUGCUGCCUCUACCAGAUGAAGAGUUUGAGAAGGGCCAUGUGGACGAACUCAGUGCGCUAAAAAAUUUCAGAGUGAGGAUCUUGCCCGUGAUGGGAACCAUGCCGGGGAUGUUCGGUUUGGCUUUGGCAACGUACGUGAUUACUCAUGUUUCUGGAUACCCUAUUGAUCCAGUGGAAGGUAAAAACAGAUACAAAGUCUACGAUGGCAUUCUCCAGAGUCUUGCUGCCCAACAAUCUCGUCUACAUAAAUCGGACCAGAGAGUCCAAAUUGCAAUGCAUGAUAUCAACUAUAUUCUGGAAGAGGUCUUUAGAGGAAAAUCUCCUAUUUCGGGUUAUUCAACUCGUCUGACGCUCUCCAGAUGGGAUCCUUCCAAGGAGCUUUCUCUACAGAACUGUCUUAUCAUGACCAAGGAAGAACAGAAGGAGCACGAGCAAAGGGUGUUACUUGGAGGUGAGAAAGUCGAAGAUGUCUAUCCAAAGGAAGUUUUGGAUCUCAUUGAAAAAAGGUUCGCCGAGGAAAAGUACUACUCGCGUUUCAGAUAG